AACUUCCAAGGGUAGGGUCAAUCAUGAGCACCGGCGACAGUAAGAAACGCAAGAAAAACUACUACAAGUCAUUCGCCAAGAAGCGCCGAGUCGGCACCCUGGAAUCCGACAUGACGGGAUUUCUGGUCACCUUCGAGCGAAGCGAGUUUCAGGCUGCUAAGGAUUGCUACGAGCUGCUCAACGAGUACGCUGACAAAAUCUGGGGCCCUGAAAAACCAGAGGGAACUGACAGCAAGAAGUCCAUCGAGGAUGACAUAGCUGAAGAGCUGAAUGAGCUCAAGGAGUCCAAAGACAAAGUUCGCCGCUUCCAAAAGGUGAAGACAGACGUGGCUGGAAACUUUUUUGUAACAACCACGGUGGAUGAUCCUGGGCGACUGGUAACAGCCAUCUUUGAGGACCUGAAGGCGAAGCACGAACAGCGCAGUCGCUUCAUCCAGCGCCUGUUGCCCGUACAGACCACUUGCAAAGCCAACCUGGACACCAUGAAGAAGACUGUGGAAACGGUGCUUGCAUCCUACAAUGACUCUGCCUCGCCAGAGGUUGCUUACUUGGUUGCUGGGAAAAUCCGCCACAACAGCAGCAUUCAGCACAACCCAAUGCUUCAGGAGAUAGUGCAGGUUGUGAAGGCUGCCAAGCCUCAGUGGACAGGGGAAUUGCGCAAGCCAGACUUGGUGCUCAUGUUGGACGUGUUGCACAACAUCUGCUGCAUCUCUCUGAUGCCUCGGUACCUGGAAUUCAGGAAGUACAACCUCCUGGAAGUGACAAAGCCUCAGCCAAACUCCGAGGUGCCAAAGGAGCCUAGCUCAUCUGCUGAUGUGCCAAAGAAUGACAGUGAAGAAGGCAAGGACCAAAAACCUGAGGGUGACAAAGAAGCAGCGUGCGAAGAAGAUAAGAAGCCUUUCGAUACCGCUGGAGACGUUGAAGGAGAUGUCGUAAAAGCUGCAGACGGCAAACCAGACGACUCUACAUCGAAUGGUGGCAGCACUGAACUCUCGACAAACACAUCAGAUGGCGAAAACGUGGGGUCACACAAAACUGCAGAGGCAUCCAAAGACUGAAUAUUUUCUCACAGUACCUUCUUUUGCUCGUUUGCAGUCAAACAUAACGACAUUCUCUGGCACAGAAAAGCUGACAUUAAAUGUUCACUUUCAUUAUUGACAUAGGCAACUUACGCUUGCCAGGUGCAUUUGUAGCUCUUCAAUGUGACACCACAUUCUUGUGUCACGUCCAUCAUUUUUAGAUGUAAGAGAAAGCUUUAUCUCACAGCCAACUCUGAUUUUCCUAUUCAAGUACGUUGGUAGAAUUUUGAUUUAGAACCUCAAAUUUUCUUUAUUGAAAUUGGCAAACAUUGGCAACUCUAAAGAAAAACUAAAGCAGAGUUUAACAAUCCGUAACUCAAUACCACAAACAGAUAUUGCAGAUCUGUAAACUGAAUUUAUUAGAGCAAAUGGGAUAUAUAAGUUUAUAGCUUAUGUGAAAUUGUUAUAAUAUAUAUGAGGAUUUUGCAUAUGUCCCACUCGCAAAUUAGCGGUAUGUUUCAGAGCAAUGUAUAAUACAUCAAGUAUGUCCACCUUAGAUGUUUCAAUAGGUAGGUGGUGCAGUUUAAAUCAUUGUGAUAUCUUUUUUAUUGUUGGGCUACAGAGUUGUAAACUUGAAUCUUGUUCUUGUUUUUAUAAACAGCAUAUUUUGUGAUUUUGCAAGAAUUUUCUUUUUAAUUGGUAGCCUAAGCAAAAAAUUUACUCCCUACAAUCGGUAGAUUUCAACUUUCAACACAGUAAACCUGAUCAAAAUUGGGGCAGUGAUUGCUGAGUAAAAUUAUUUCUAUAUUCCAAUGUAUUUGGAUAGGAACUCCUGUUGUAAAGCUUUUAAGUUGUUGCCGAUAGCGUUUUUCACACUAGCACUAAUCCACAUCAUCUGUGUGCCAAAGAGGAAUCACUUGCCUUGGUGUAUUUCACCACAAUCUCAAUUAGGUAUUUCACACAACAUUGCAUUAUCCUCUGUGACAGUGGCUGUGCUGCUUACUGUAGUGUUUUCACUUGCAGUGUUCUUGGCAUCAGAACUUGUUUAACACUUCACUCAUGGAAAAUGAAAGGAACAUGCAACUUUUAUGUAUAUGAACAGUAAACAGUAAACAAAGUUUCAAGCCCUUUUGAGGCAGAAUAUGGUGAGUUGGGCUGGUUGAUCUGUGUUCAUUAUAAAGGAGUUAAGAAGCACAGCAAGCAGCAUUGUGUACAUGCUACCUGUUGGGGGGGAUUCAUGGUGAAAUAGAGGACUGUAUUUCAUUCAUAAAGAAAUUUAUUACAGCACAAGGUUUCUUUUUUUUUUUUUUUUUGGAACAAAAUAUGGUUUGUGCCUAUAAAAACUUAGUUACAGAAAAGAUCGAAUUGGGUUGAAUGGUGCCUUUUAAUUCGGUACAUAAAAGAUAAAAAAGACACAAAAAGAGAGCAAAGCACAACAUCAGUUAUGAUUGAAAUGCUGUCUUUCGUCAUGUGCUUCUGUUCUACAGCAGAGCUGUUAGUGCGACUACAUGUAGUGGAAUAUGUUUGCUGAAAACAUCUGCUCCAAAUGUCAACUAAAAUACUGCUUUCUCAAAAUGUUGACGACAAUUCAUUCUGAAAGAGCAGUUGAAGCUAGCACAAUGAAAUUUGGAGGGAUAUGUUGAGCACCUCGUGGGUGAUGUGUAGGUAAAGCUAGACCCAUCUUUAACAGCACCACUUUUUAAGACUGGGACAAGCAAAAGAAUGCAGGACAUGCAGCACAUGUCUUGUGUUAUUUUGCUUGCACCUGUCUGAAGUGGUUCUGUUGAAGAUGGAUGGCUACCAAGUCGCCCAAUUUGCGAUCCUAAAAAGAUAAAGUUAGAUGUGUCCAGAAUAAUUAGGGGUAAUGUGGGAAAUUGAUAAAUUUCUGUUAAUUGUGCUUUAAAGCUUUAUGGGGGUUUGCAACAGUGCAUAGUUGUGACACGUCAACCAUAUUGAGGUGAAAGUUAAUCUGAAUAAAGUGUGCAUUGAGAGAAACAUGCUGGAGAAAUUUCAAGGUUGUAGGUUUUAUUGAGUUAAUGAUAAUAAAUUUACAGAUGCUAUCAGAGCAUUUAAAGCAUUCCAACAAACAGUGAAAUAAUAUUUCAGAACUGGUGGCACAAGCAAAUUGCUAAACAUUCCUGCUCAAAACUUUCCAGCAUACUUGGGAGACUGUACAUUUAGAAUCAACUGUUGAGAAAGUUUUCUAGAGCCUUAAUUUUAG